GGUUGGGUUUUCAACGUUUUGCCUUGGACUAUACACGCACCAUCAUCCGUUGCCAGUGGAUAUAUUGCUGAUUGGCUUAUAGCAAACUACUGUUCGAUAACGUUAGCUAGAAAAUACAUUCAAUUGUUCUCAGCAAUUGUUUAUGCUAGCUGUAUGUUUGCUAUUGGAUAUAGUACUACAUUUGUCAGUGCCCUUGGUUUAUUUUGUGCAUGCGCAUGUGCAGACGGACUAACAGCGGGUGGAGCUUAUUCUAACCCACAGGAUUUGGCGCCAAAUCACACUGGUGCGUUGUAUGGGGUAAUGAACACUUUAGCAGCUCUGCCUGGCUUUAUUAGUGUUUAUAGCAGUGGUAUUUUACUAAAACAUUUUGGUAGCUGGGUUCCGGUUUUUAGUAUAGCUGGUGGUGUUAUGGUAACGGGAACAAUUACGUUUCUUGCAAUGGGGUCUGGGAAACGGAUUGUGUAG